AAUCAUAAGCCGGUGUGCCAGAAUAGUGGACUUCCACUAUGACCCAGAUCCUCCCUUCUCUCUCUCAAAAAAAAAAAAAAAUCCUCCCUUCUCUCCCUCUGUCGGGUUAGGUAAGUUUCCUAUGGAGAUGAGAGAGACUUAAUAGCUGUCGUUUAGACAAUCCAAGUCAAAGCCUUUUCCGAUUCGCUUGUCGUCCUAUUUCAACCCAUUUCAAUUUCUAGCUUAUUCCCAGAAUUUUAUCCCAGGAUUCAUUCACUGUCUCUUGGAACUCUCUACGAUGGGUUGUACCGGAUCGUCUCCGGCCAAAGGGGAUGAGACUGCUAAGAAAAUUCGGAAGCCGAAACCUUGGAAGCAUACAGAACCAAUUACAAGGACACAACUAAUGAAGAUGCGUGAUGAAUUUUGGGAUACCGCCCCUCACUAUGGUGGCCAGAAUGAGAUAUGGGAUGCCCUUCGAGCUGCUGCUGAAACUGACUUAACCCUUGCACAAGCAAUUGUGGACAGUGCUGGUGUGAUCGUUCAGAGUGCUGACUUGACAAUCUGUUAUGACGAGAGAGGUGCAAAAUAUGAAAUUCCCAAGUAUGUUUUGAGUGAGCCAACCAAUUUAAUACAAGAUAAUUGACAAGAGGGCAAAGAAUACAGAACUUCAUUGAGACUGUAAAUUUUGUAUAUUGAUCUCAUGGUCGCUAGUGUUCUGAAUCUUGAUAGAGUUGAAUGGGUAUUAAGAAUUCAUUUGGCAGCCCCCAAUUACUUUGAUUCAAGGUUUUUUCAAAUGGAUUGUCCUCAUA